AUGAAGCUUCGGCUAGACCCUCAGCUAUGGAAUACUUUGGAAGGUUACAGAAUAUCGUGGAAGGUUAUGAGAACCUUGUCGGCCCUUACUCAAUGGAAGCUUCUGGAAGAAGACUCACAUGUAUUUAAAGAUGAGAAGGGCACCACUCUUUCCCAGAAUGAUUCUUCUUUCCUCCAGCUUGGAAUGCUCGUAGUAGUAGGCUAG